CUUCAUCGUCAUGCCCACCGUUUCCGCAGCAGUGUCGCCUGCCGGUCACAGGCACGGACGGUUCGCUUGAUGAAGAAGCGCAUCGCGUCGGCAAAAUAUUGCUUCCGGUUGACGUGCGCCGAUGGUGGUCGGUCUAGUGUCUUCUUCCGACCGGUGGUGGCGCUAUUUAUGCUUGCGCGCGACCGGUACGCGCGCCAUGCCUCGCGCGCGGUUUGCAGCCUUUUGAUGCGGGGCCCGUUGCCUGGGAUGAUACCUGCCAGGGGGCGCCUGGGAUACAAUGGAGGCGGCCAGUGGGUGAAGCAUAUCGCUUUCCUGUGCCGAAAAGGUGUGCCCUUUUUGGCGGCGGGCCCGGACUUCGAGCUCGCAGGGCCUGACGCCGUGCGCGGCGGUCUCCUGCCCGACCUGUGCGAGGCCACUACGCAACACGUUGCCUACCAUGUCUCGCCUUGAUGUUUAUAUGAGGCGGAGGAUGGGCGGGCCCUGAUGAAGUUCCAGCAGUUUAGCCUGCGCGCAGAGCUCCCCUC